UACAUCAGAUGCAUUUAUUUAUAUAAAUUUAAAAGCUUACAAAAUUCAAUGUUUAAAAUUGAAACCAUAUUGGAAACUGUUAUUGUCAAUAAGUCAAUAAGAUUUUGAUGACUGUUUUUAAGGUGCUGGACAUUGGAACCAUAGCAACAGAAAUGACUUUUGAAGACAGUUCAUCUAGAGUCAAGUUGGACAACUUUAUUGAGGAUAACAUGUCAGAUGAGGAGGUACCAGGAUAUAUAGCAAGCUUUGGACAAGAUUCAAAUGAAAAGAAAGAAAAUUUGACAGCAGACAUUCCUGAUCUGGAUGCUGGCAAUCAACAGGGAAAUUACAACUCAGACUGUUUAGCAAAUAUGGAAACAAAGACAGUUCAUUCCAUUCAUACAUCAGAGAAUAUGAAAAAUGAUGAUUCAACUGAGGAGCCUGAUUUAAUGUCUGAAAUAGUAAAGGAAGACAAACGUUUGCUAUCAGACAGCUCAGAGAAUGAAAAUACUGAUGAAAACACAGACAUAAUAGUAGUAGGAGAUAAGACAAAUCAGAUGUCAUUGUACCCAGGAGAGGCGGAGCCAGAGUCAGAGGUCAUUGAGAGGAACAUAACUUCACAUACAAAUCUAGAUUUUUUAGUGGUGACAAGUCGAUCACAUGAUCAGGGAGAACAGAUAUGUCCAGAUACAUCAGACGAAGUAGAACCAUUUUCAUUGGACAAUGAUUUUGAUUAUGACAAUGUUAUAUUAACUCCAAAGUUCACCAUGGAGGAAGUUGCACAUUUGAAAUCAUUUCUGCCAAGAACUGAUGUCAAGGCGUGAUACUUCAGAUGAAAACUUUUAAUCAACAUUCCGUCCUUUAUAAUAAAAUGCGAGAAAUACUAAUA